UGGUGAAUAUAAAUCUAAAAGCAUGCAAUUGACUAAAGAAACAAGCACAAAAUAUAUCAAAUGCCUAUGGCAUGUAAAUUUGUCACAACCGCAGAAGAAUAAUCCUAAUAGAAACAUUUAUAUUACUACUUUAGACAAUGACCAUAAUCAUAAAUUGUCCCCUUGUAGAACAAAAUUUUUUAAUGAUAGUGAACUUACCCAAGAAAUAUAUAAAAGAGAUAUAUCAAAUGAUGCUGCAUCGUUGUAUGAAGAAUUAAUAAGAAGAAAAAAUGAAGACCCUCGAUG